AUGUCCCCUGAAGAACCAGAUAAUAUUGAGACGGGGAUUAGCAAGGCACACGUGGACAAUGUGGAGAUUGUUGCUAAUGCCGCCAAACCCAACCCGCGCAAAGAAGCACCGCCUUAUGUCGCUGGUUUAGAUCCUGAAGAACGAAUCCGAGCUGAGAAGGCUUUGGUUCGCAAGAUUGACCUUCGCCUUCUGCCUAUGAUUAUUAUCAUGUAUAUCCUGAACUAUCUGGAUCGGAACAAUAUUGCGUCUGCUCGUUUAGCUGGUUUGGAGUCGGAUCUAGGUCUUCAUGGAAACCAGUAUGCGACCUGCGUUAGUAUCUUGUUCGUGGGUUACCUCUUGAUGCAGAUUCCAUCAAACUUGAUGUUAAACAAGUUUGGAAAACCUGCCAUCUACCUACCCGUGGCUAUGGUCACCUGGGGUAUCAUUUCGGCAGCUACAGCUGCUGCCCAAAACUUCGCUGGUCUUGUCGUAAUCCGAUUCUUUCUGGGUUUUAUUGAGGCUGCCUACUUUCCCGGAUGUCUCUACUUCUUGAGUGCUUGGUAUACCCGUAAAGAACUUGGAUUUCGCACCGCAGCCCUUUACUCCGGUUCUUUGCUCUCUGGUGCCUUUUCUGGACUUAUUGCUGCCGGUAUUAUCAACGGCAUGGAAGGUGCUAUGGGUCUCCGAGCUUGGCGAUGGCUGUUCAUAAUCGAGGGCGCUGUUACUAUCGUAGUCGCCUUCGUUGCCCUUUGGGUUUUACCUAAUUUCCCCCGAACCACACCUUGGCUUUCAGAGGAGGAAAAGCAGUUGGCUGUCUGGCGCUUAGAGGAAGACAUUGGUGAAGAUGAUUGGGUCGACAGUGAACAACAGUCGUUACUGCAAGGCGCAAAGCUAGCAUUUGUCGACCCCAAGACUUGGAUUUUGACCCUCCUGAUUUUGGGUAUCGUUUCCUCUGCUUCCGUCACCAACUUCUUUCCCACCGUUGUCAAAACCCUUAACUAUGGCAACAUCGAAACGCUGCUCCUUACCGCACCACCAUACUGCUUAGCCGUCAUCUGCGCUUUCGCUAACGCAUGGCAUGCCGAUCGUACCGGGGAACGAUACUUCCAUAUUACACUUCCUCUCUAUAUUUCCGUUGCAGCUUUUAUUAUCGCUGCCUCUACCACUGGCACUGGCCCUCGCUAUUUGUCUAUGAUGCUGAUGGUCCCAUCUUUCUAUUCUGGAUACGUCGUGGCUCUGGGAUGGAUCUCAAAUACCCUGCCCCGUCCUGCAGCUAAGCGUGCUGCUGCUAUUGCCUUGAUUAAUGCCAUCAGCAAUUCUAGUAGUAUCUAUGCUAGUUAUAUGUACCCUGACAGCGAUGCUCCACGUUUUGUUCCCGCCAUGGCUGUAAAUUGCGGUACCGCAUUCAUGGCCAUCGUAGCGGCUACGAUUCUUCGGUUCAUCCUCGUCCGCCUCAACAAGAAGCUCGAUCAUGGUGAGGAGGUUGAGGGUGCCGUUCUUGGCCGCGCUGGAAGUCGUGGCUUCCGCUAUCUGGUCUAA